UUUAAUGCCUUAAAAUGCUGUGAGAGAUGGGAUGGACGGCAUGGAUUAGCAGAUACCUCACGGUGGGCCCGCCCACAAAACUGCCCGUUCGCGGUUAGAGACGGGCGGGGGUAGGACGCAAUCCGCGUCCUGGGAGAUGCCCAUAGACGCCAUGGAUAUAAAAAGACAGGCAUCACAAGGCUGGUGAGAUCUGUCUUCUUUUUCUACGAAGAGAAUGGCAAUCUACUCAUCCGCACAAUCUACUUCACCAGACCAUGCUGAAAUCAUGGCAUAUGGUUGCCAUAUCAAUGAGCCACUCCUCAAUCCCAAAGAGGGAGGGCGCAUGGUGUCCCCAAAACACCCACAGCCACAGUCAGGCACCACCUUCCUUAGGACUUUGCUCAAUGGCCUCAAUGCCUUAUCAGGUGUUGGGAUACUAUCAGUUCCCUAUGCACUGUCAGAAGGAGGUUGGUUGAGCUUGAUACCUUUUCUAUUUGUAUCAAUAAUAUGUUGCUACACAGGAUUACUCCUGCGAAGAUGUAUGGAUGCAGACCCACGUAUCAAAACCUACCCUGACAUUGGCGAGUAUGCAUUUGGCUCAAAGGGAAAAAUCACAAUAGCAGUAUUCAUGUAUCUCGAAUUGUAUUUGGUAGCGAUUGAGUUCUUGAUAUUGGAAGGUGAUAACUUAGAAAAGUUGUUUCCCAACACAAAUUUAGAGAUCAUGGGUUUUGAAAUUGGAGGGAAACAAGGGUUUGUUCUAUUGACUGCCCUUAUAAUUUUACCUACAAUGUGGUUAAGGAGCUUGGGUCUACUUGCUUUUGUCUCUGCUGGAGGGGUCUUGGCUUCCGUUGUCGUGGUGGCUUCUGUUUUUUGGGGUGGUGCAGUUGAUGGUGUUGGAUUUCAUGGAAGAGGAGCCUUUUAUAGUUUGAGUGGACUUCCUACUGCUAUUAGCUUAUAUGCCUUCUGCUAUUGUGGGCAUGCAGUUUUCCCCACCAUAUACACGUCAAUGAAAGAUAGGAGUCAGUUCUCUAAGAUGUUGAUCCUCUGCUUUGUUCUCUGCACUUUCAAUUAUGGAGCAAUGGCAAUUUUAGGCUACCUAAUGUAUGGUCAAGAUGUGAAGUCUCAAGUGACAUUAAAUCUCCCGGUUGGAAAGAUUAGUUCAAAGAUUGCAAUAUACACAACAUUGAUCAACCCCUUUGCUAAAUAUGCACUGGUGAUUACGCCGAUCGCAGGGGCCAUCGAAGAUCGGUUUCGCAUCAACAACAACAGAACUAUUAGCGUCCUCAUUAGGACUUUAUUGGUGAUAAGCACUGUUAUUGUGGCCUUGAUAGUUCCAUUCUUCGCGUAUCUUAUGGCAUUUACUGGGUCAUUUUUAAGUAGCACGGCUUCAAUGGUAUUGCCAUGUAUAUGUUACCUAAAGAUUUUCAAAGCUUCCCGGAGUCAUCAGACCGAGUUUACUAUUAUUGUGGGGAUUAUAGUAAUUGGCAUUUUGGUUGCAAUCACGGGCACUUACCAUUCUCUAAGAGAAAUUUUCAAGCAUUUGUAAAUUUGUAACCAGAGGUCUUGCUAGAACUUAUUGGAUAGGAAAUGCCAAACACGUUUCCAAUCUCUUCUCAAUAUAUUGCUCUGUAGGGCUAUUAUUGGUGAUAAUUAUUGGGUUUUCUCCUACAGAUAAUGAUUCAAGAAGAUUGCUAAUGUGUAACCGUGUAAUGAUAAGAAGAUAGGAUUGUUGUCGUA